GACGCACUUUGCUUGUUUUAUUAAAAAGUAUUUUAUCCUCAUUUUUGGUCAAAACAUUUGAUAUAAACUGCUCUGAAAAAUAAAUGUUCUGACAUUUCAAGUGUGAUCUCUGUGCUGUGAUUCCUGUGGAGACGUGAUUUGUGAAUUGUGGCGACAAUGUCCCAUAAGGCCUCACAGACAACCAUGAAUUUACAGCAUGCAAACUGGAGACCAGAGCACCAUAGCAAGCGCAGAGAGGAGUGUCUUUACAAACAGUUUCUGAAUAACGCAAGCCAGCGCCUUUCUUUCUCUGAAGAAGUUAUUUAUGAGAUGGGAGCCAUUUCAUACAGAAAAUUAGAUUUUAGCUGGCUUUUCCAUGCCACAGGCCCCUUAGCACCAUGUACCACAUUAAAGAAAAAAAAGAAGCAUGGAAACAAAAAAAGAAACUGUAACAUUAAUACUUUAACCCAAGAAGAAGGCAGAAUUUCAUUACAGGCUCCGGCACAAAAUAAGACUAAUAAUCUGUCGCAGCCGAGGAAACAACACAGGAUACCAGGUUAUGGGCUCUCUCCAGUAAGCAUCAAUGUGCAGAACCACUUAAAUACGACAGCAACUGUGACCAUCAAGCACAUUGAGAUCCCACAGACCCCUCGUCUGCAGGAUAUUCUGAAUCCACGUCCCGGCAGCCAUGUCACAGAGAAUGUCUUUACACAGGAGAUCUUCUCAGCUCAACAUAGUAAGAAAUGGAAGUUGAAGGCGGUACCGCAGGAGUUGCAGGCUCUCAUUGUCUCAGCCCUUGAGGAUCCAGUGAAGAGAGUUCAGAUGACUGCUGCAGUGUGCCAGUAUGCCAUGAGGACACCUAACACACACGCCAGAGACAUACUACGAAGCAUGAUAAAACAAGACCCCUCUGGCACGGGUGCAGACAGCUGGGUGGCGGCGCAGUGCUUGGCGAUCGACGGUGAUGCAAGUCAAGCUGUCAUACAGAGACUCCUGUCACAGCACUUCCUCAGAGACGCUCUUUCAGAUCAGGAGCAGUCUAUCAUGUUACUCUCCAACAUCAGCAGCAAGACUACACUAGUGCGCUCUCUUCUAGCAGAAGAGUUAAACAGCGCUAACUGGAGAACACGAGUUCAGGCCUGUACUAGCAUUGCACAGCUCAGAAGUCAAAUCAACAAGGAUCUUUGCAACAAACUGAUACACAUGAUGUGGAACGACUGGAGCUGUGCUGUUCGUCAUGCUGCAGCACUGGCUCUAAGUAAACUGAACGUGGCCAGAGAAAUGCACAGUGAGCUGAGCACGAAGCUGGAGGAGGGUCCAACCGCUUGGCGUCUGGAAGCGCUGAUCUUAAUUGGUCAACUCAAAAUAAUGACACCCAAGCUACUGCCCACUUUCCUGCGGUGCUUUAAUGAUGACUAUGUGACUGUGCGCAAACAAGCUUGCUUGACUGCAGCCUCUCUAAUGAUGGAAGACCAGUCGGUCGUUGAUCAGCUUAUUAACCUGAUGCAGAAUGAGCCAACAUGGGAGGUGAAAGUGGAAGCAAUUAAUGCUUUAAAGAAAAUAGGUUGGAUGAACCCAGCUGUCCAGGAGUUGCUGAUGUGGGCUGUACACCAUGAGGAAGAGCCCAGUGUGCGCAUUGCUGCCUGUGAGGCCCUGAGCACUUUAGACGCAAAGGGCCCCGAGUUACAGCAUUUCCUACAAGAGCGUUAUGCACUGGAACCCAACGCUGAGGUGCAGAGACACAUUCAAGGUCUUCUGAAAAAGCAUGGGUACAGCCUGCGAGGAGAUGAAAGCAAGAUUCAUGAGAUAAAGCUCCAGAUGGAGCUGUUGUGUACAAAACACAUCAUUACACAGAAAGUACUCUUAUUAGAAGAGAUGGGAAAGCAGCAACAGCAGAAAUUAUUGUGCUGAAUUUAUGGUUUCAUUUGUCCGACUAUAUAAAAUAUUCAAAUGCCUGAACACUA